ACAAUAUCACAUCGUUUAUAUUAUAUCACAUCGUUUGGAUACCGGAUCAUUUUUGUUCUUAUACAGGAUAUUACGAUGGCAACAUUCCGUGUUUGCCUUAAAGAGUUGUACUCGGACCGUUAUGACCCUGUCACCCUGCAGUACGUGGUUGUAUCAGACAUGUGUGGAAAAGACUGGAACUACUUCAACGGCUUCUGCUACAAGACCACCUCUUCCUGUGCUUCUUGGAAUGCAGCUCAGUCCAACUGUCUUGAUGUCAACUCCAAUCUGACAAGUGUAACCAGCCAAGAAGAAAACACGUACAUUCAACAUCGUCACGGCGGUGAUACAGGAUGGAUAGGACUACAAGACAUUGACAGUGAAGGAAACUUUACCUGGAUUGACGGUACCAAUGUUAACUUUACGUACUGGGCAAAGAACCAACCAAACGGUUACCCUGGAGACCAGGAUUGUGUACAUACUCUUGGAUUACGUCAUGAUUAUCACUGGAAUGACGUCACAUUUGAACUUAAGGAUUCGAUUAUUCUCCGUGACUAUGGCAACAACAAUUAUCUGCAGCAGCUGUCCAGUUAUCUGAGUCCUGUUCUUCAAGAUUCAAGUAGAAGUCGUUGGAUAAGAUGUUGGAGAGCUGCUAGCGAUGGAUGGGAUGUGGAUUCAACAUUCCACCCCCAGUGUGACAACAAAGGACCGACAGUUACCAUUGUUCGUGUUGGUAGUUACAUCUUUGGUGGCUAUACUGAUGUAUCAUGGGACCGUUCAGGCGGCUACUCGUACGCCUCCAAUGCUUUCCUGUUCACACUGUACAAUACAUAUGGCUACUAUCCUAUCAAGUUACCUCAAGAUUGGAUGGCAUUUGAAACGCUUCAUCUCCCACUGUUCUCUGAGCACGGCAGUGUUCACUUUGCAAAUACCCAGACUCCUCUAAAAUCUAACAACUAUGCAUUCUGUGAGGAUGUGAACUUUGCAAGAAACUACACAAGACGACCUUCAGUAUUGAUAACAGCAACCCAUGAUACAAGUGUUGGCCUUACUAACCCUACAUGCAACGGGAUUUCAGCUUGGAUUGAGAAUAUUACGAUGGAAACAUUCCGUGUUUGUCUAAAAGAGCUGUACUCGGACCGUUAUGAUCCUGUCACCCUGCAGUACGUGGUUGUAUCAGAUAUGUGUGGAAAAGACUGGAACUACUUCAAUGGCUUCUGCUACAAGACCACMUCUUCCUGUGYYUCUUGGAAUGCAGCUCAGUCCAACUGUCUUGAUGUCAACUCCAAUCUGACCAGUGUCACCAGCCAAGAAGAAAACACGUACAUUCAACAUCGUCACGGCGGUGAUACAGGAUGGAUAGGACUACAAGACAUUGACAGUGAAGGAAACUUUACCUGGAUUGACGGUGCCGAUGUUAACUUUACUUACUGGGCGCCAAACCAACCAAACGGUUACCCUGGAGACCAGGAUUGCGUUCAUACCCUUGGAUUACGUCAUGACUAUCAUUGGAAUGACGUCACAUGUGGGUCUUGCCACGCCUACACGUGCAAACGAGAUAUUGAUGAAUGUUCUGUUGAUUACCACAUGUGUGAUGUAAAUGCACAAUGUAUCAAUACUGAUGGUUCGUACACUUGUACUUGUAAAUCUGGCUACACUGGCGAUGGAAGGAAAUGCUCAGGUAUUUUAUCAUCUGUUUUUAAAAUUGAAACUGUGUCAAUAGUACACAAGUGUUAUUACCACAUGUGUGAUGUAAAUGCACAAUGUAUCAAUACUGAUGGUUCGUACACUUGUACUUGUAAAUCUGGCUACACUGGCGAUGGAAGGAAAUGUUCAGAAGGCCUAGAGAAUUCCAUUAUUCUCCGUGACUAUGGCAACAACAACUAUCUGCAGCAGCUGUCCAGUUACCUGAGCCCUGUUCUUCAAGAUUCAAGUAGAAGUCGUUGGAUAAGAUGUUGGAGAGCUGCUAGCGAUGGAUGGGAUGUGACUACAACAUUCCACCCCCAGUGUGACAACAAAGGACCGACAGUUACCAUUGUUCGUGUUGGUAGUUACAUCUUUGGUGGCUAUUCUGAUGUAUCAUGGGACGGUAAGUAUUUCAAAAAUAAAUAUAUCUGCACUGCGUCUCUGUAUAAACAUUCAGCUACGGACCAGUAAUAAAAACAUUAACGA